CCCCGGCUGCAGGCUCUGAAGGAGGAGCCGCAGACUGUACCUGAAAUGCCGGGGGAAACGCCGCCCCUGUCCCCCAUCGACAUGGAGUCGCAGGAAAGAAUCAAAGCCGAGAGAAAGCGCAUGAGGAACAGGAUCGCGGCGUCCAAGUGCCGGAAAAGGAAGUUGGAAAGGAUUGCCAGGUUGGAAGAAAAAGUGAAAACUUUGAAAGCCCAGAACUCAGAGCUGGCAUCCACUGCCAACAUGCUCAGAGAACAGGUUGCACAGCUUAAGCAGAAGGUCAUGAACCAUGUGAACAGCGGGUGCCAGCUAAUGCUCACACAGCAGUUGCAGACGUUUUGAAGAGACUUUGUCUUCGGCGAGAACUGUUGUGGUCUAACUAAAGCAGAACCCCCCGAAGCGGCAGGC